AUGACAACAUUAACAAGAUUAAUCAAAGAAGAUGGAUCACCUUCUUAUUCAGACAUCAAAGGUUAUAGGAGAUUGGUAGGCAAGUUGAUCUAUCUGUGUAGUACAAGACCAAAUAUAUCAUUUCCUGUGCAACAGUUAUCUCAGUUUUUAGAUUGUUCAACUGAGAUUUACUUUACUGCUAUAUCCAGAAUAUUAAAAUAUAUGAAGAAAUCACCAGGGCAGGGCUUGUUUUUUCCAGCAAAGAACACAUCGAACUUGAAAGCUUUUUCAGACUCUGAUUGGGCUACUUGCUUUGAUUCCAGAAGAUCAAUUUCUGGAUUUUGCAUAUUUCUUCGAGAAGCUCUAGUAUCUUGGAAGACAAAGAAGCAAGUAACAGUCUCAAAAUCAAAUGCAGAAGCUGAGUAUAGGGCCUUGGCAAACACCACAUAUAGCAGAUUUCUUCACCAAAUAUUGCCACCUUCUGCUUUUCAAAAACUGCUUCACAAGCUGGGUGUAUAUGACAUAUACACUCCACCUUGA